AUGUGGAUCAGAAUAAGGGCCCACAAGGGUAAUAAGGGUCAGAUUAACGGUCUAAAUAAGUAUCGCAAGGAUCAGAUUAAGGGUCACCAUGCUCAAAAUAAUGUUCACAAGGGUGAUAAUGAGGUGCCUGAUUAUGAAAUUACCGGAAUUCAUUGGCCAAGAGAUCAGAAGAGUUCAGUUAAGGAUGGCACUGGAAUGUACCUGAAGGCUUUCGGAAAAAAUAUUCAAUUGUGGCUGACGCCAGCGGACAGAGCUCUCGCUGGACGAGACACCCCAGUCUACUCACUAGUGUCAGGAGGCUGGGGCCCCAUUCUAAUGAAAUAUACCAAGGUGAUAAAGACGGUGGAAAGAUUCGAAGACUUGGAAAAGUCUGCGGUACUAGUGAUUAGUCAAAGAAGUGAUAACAGUCGGGCAAUGAUUGGAACAAUAGCAUCGGAAAAUUUGGUAAUCACCCCAAUUCCUGAACGUCUCGUUGAUGAAGUCAAGAGGCGACGCAGAUCUGUGGAUGAUGUUCCCGAGUCCGAACAAGACGAUCAUCAUUAUCACAUUGUCUACAAGGGAUCACCGGUGGAUGACAGAUACUCUGACUCAUUCAUGUCAAAGAGGAAUACCGCAAACCUAUGGACAGCUCAAUUACCAGAAAACAUGGACCUUGGCGAAUGCUCUAGAGCGCAUAGGAGAUACUUUGAGAAUCCCAAGUUCAGACUGAAUAUCGCAGGUAUUGUGUUGACUGAGGAUGCUGAAGCACUGGAAUAUAUGACAACGAAUGUAAUUGACGAAAGCACUAUAGAAGCCUUCAAGACGCUAGAUGGGAGUGAAAGUUAUUGGUACGCGCGAAAAGCUGAUAUUCCAUUCGAUAACUACGAUGUAAUCGUGACAAUGACAUCAACCAAUAUGUGUUCAUUUCCCAGCGAUAUCAUGAACGGAGUGUGUGAAAGUGGAAUUCUAGGGGUCGCCAACGUAGGCGCAGCUUGCACAGGAUCUGAUUUCAGGGGAGAGCUUUUGAAUGUAGCUAUAGUUCAGGACCAAAGCGCAUUCAAUAGAAUUCACACAGCUGCGCAUGAACUUGCUCAUUUAUUCGGUGCCAAGCAUGACGAAAUUAGCCGAACACACGAGUGCUCCCCUGAUGAUGGAUACAUAAUGUCGAGUGGUCCACGUUUGAACGACAAAUCUUCACAAUGGUCCAGUUGCACCGUGAAAGAUAUUCAAGAAUUUCUCGACACCCAUCCAAAAUGCCUCAACAAUAAGAUCAACCAGAGGAAAAUUCUUCCUGUAUAUCUCCCUGGAAGAUUCAUGAACGCUCAUGAGCAGUGCCACAGGUUGGUGGGAACCAAAGCCUGUAAAACAGCCGCUUCAAUCUGCUGGGCUUUGAGCUGCAAGGACCUAUUAUGGGAGGAUUGCAUGGAAAUGCGCCAUCCUGCUGCUGAUGGUACAACCUGUGGAAGUGGAAAAAUCUGCUUGUAUGGAGAAUGUGUCGACGAAUCGACGGUUUAUGCGUAG